AUGGCCAAAAGAACUGCUAAACCAACAGCGAAAUCAGCAAAAAUCACAGCCUUUCCUUGGCCCAAGUCUCUGCUCGACAAUGACCCCUCCAAGUCGUACAAGGUCCACACUGAGACGAUACUCAAGGACCAGAUUUACGUGAUCCAUGGGUUUCUACCCGCCAAAGUCUGCAAUGAUCUGGUUCAAACCAUUGUUAAGACGGACGCCGACGACACACACACUUUUAAGAUGGAGACGACACCGCUGACGAAACGAAAAGAUUAUGCUGCUCGGGUCAACGAUCGAGGGGCAGUGGAAGAUACAGGGAUCUGCAACUACCUCUGGCACCAGCUGGAGCCCAUUAUCGAGUCUGAUCCGGAGCUGUCAGAGUUCAAAUCGGCCUUUGGACUCAACCCCAACAUUCGAAUGUACAGAUACACCCCUGGGCAGUUCUUUGAUCAGCAUUACGACGAGGCGGUAAGAUGCAAGGUGGGAUCGACUGUCUGUACUACACGAUGGACGUUGCUACUGUACUUGUCAGAAUGCCAGGGAGGUCAGACUAUGUUCUACGAGGAUGGAGGGAAGUCGUACGAGGUCCAGCCCACUAAUGGCAGUGUACUGCUGCAUAAGCAUGGAGAGGACUGCCUGUUGCAUGAAGGACGAGAGGUGACGGCGGGUGAGAAGUGGAUUCUCAGAUCGGACAUUGCUUGGAAGAAUUAG